AUGAGGACGUCGAACUGCGGUGAAUCGGCGUCGACAUGCGUUGUAUGUUUAGCUAAACGAGACCCGUUUUGUGGAUGGUGUGUGAAGAAUAGCAUUUGUACUGAAGAGGACACUUGCGAGCGAGUUUUGCCAAAAACUAGCAGCGGCUGGUUGGAUUUUCAGAACAACCGCUGUCCAAACAUAAAGGGCGUUCUUCCUGACAAAAUUCAGAUAACAACUGCUGACUUUCUCAAUGUAAGUCUGGAGAACAUGGGCGACAUAAAGGGUCGUUUACAGUGUUCUUUUCGUUUCCCUGAUGGAAGAAUUUUAAACAGUGAGCCGGCCAGACAAGAUCCUCAUGAUGGAACGCUACGAUGUGCAACGCCACCUAUAAACCGCAUACCGAUGAUACCAGCGAACAGUUCCUAUCAUUUGGCUACUUUGAGCAUUGUAGCAGAAGGUCGCAUCACUCCUAUUGCCUCCACGAACUUCUCUUUCUAUGAUUGUAGUCGCUACACUACGUGUUCGCAAUGUGCGAAGAGCGAAUUUCCAUGUGACUGGUGUCUGGAGUCGAAUGAAUGUGUAGCUGGUAAACUAACGGAGGACAAGUGUCGCAAGCAGCACAUCGUCAACGGCUUAAAUCGAGGCGGUCACUCACGUCGAAAAGGCCCACAAAAAUGUCCUCAUAUCGUAGCGCCUCAGACGAUACUAUAUGUAGCAGCUGGUGAAAGGCGAAAUAUCUCAGUAAAGGUGCAAAAUCUUGACCCAAUAUUCAUGGUGGAUUUUCGGUGUCAGUUUCGCUUGGAAGGCAUUGAACAUGAGAAGCCAGCUGUAAAGACUUUUGAUGAUAACAUAAUGUGUGAAGAAAUGCAUUUCGAUUAUUACGGUAUUGGAAUUUCGGGUGGAACAGCUGCAGUAGAGUUUAAUGUGCUAUGGUCAUCAAGCGAUUCCUUGAGGAAGCACAGAUUGGAUAAUCUCAGUGGAGUUGCAGUAGAGGUGUACAAAUGUGAGGCAUUGGCAUCAAAUUGCGGCCGAUGUCUGACGUUAGAUGUGUCGAAGUAUGAUUGUGGGUGGUGUGUACCAGAAUCACGAUGCGUUCGACCGCAAACUUGUCUGGUAAAAUCAUCGCAAGACUGGUUGAAUAGCACACAACUUUGCGCGAAUCCUACAAUUGGUGAUUUUUAUCCGAAAAAAGGCCCAGUUGGAGGAAGGACAAAGUUACGAAUCUUUGGCUCGAAUCUUGGUCGGCGCUAUGAGGACGUAUCAGGUGCAGUUAUUGUGGCAAAUGUUCAGUGCGCUGUUAUUCCUUCUGAGUAUCAUCCGGCGACCGAAAUCGUUUGUGAAACAGGCAAAGCGGCUAUCAAGAACAGCAAGGGUCCCAUUGUGGUACGACUGCGAGCAGAUGAUGCAAACUAUGCUGCUGUUUCAAAAUACGAUUUCGAAUACGUUGAACCAGCGGUAUCAGCUGUGAAACCAGAUAGGGGACCCAUAUCUGGAGGAACUGAUGUGACACUGUAUGGAACCGAUCUAGAUGCUGGGAGCGAGGUACACAUCUCAUUUGGUGAGGUAAACUGUAAGGUUUUAUCGCGCCAAGAAAAUCAAAUCGUUUGCCGGAUGGGUGCAGGUGAUUCACAAGGUAGUAGACAUCUGUAUAUUGAAUUUGAUGGGUCGCGUGGACGUGUUCCAUACCCCGUCACUUACAAUUUUGCGUAA